GGCGGCGCGCUUGUUUCUUUCUCUCCUCCAUCGAUAUGGUCUACCAAGCCACAACCUCCGCUCCAGUCAAUAUUGCCUGUAUAAAGUACUGGGGCAAACGAGAUACCAAGCUAAUUCUCCCCACCAACUCAUCGCUUUCUGUCACUCUUGACCAAGAUCAUCUACGGUCCACGACGACCUCUCGUGCAGAUCCAGAAUUUUCGAAGGAUAGACUUUGGCUGAACGGAAAUGAAGAGGAGAUCAAGCCAGGAUCUCGUAUGCACACUUGCAUAACCGAGAUGAAGACUUUACGAAAGAAAACGGUGGAGGAUAACGAUUCUUCCGCUCCGAAGCUAUCGACGUAUCACGUUCAUAUAUCCUCCUUCAACAACUUUCCCACUGCCGCAGGCCUUGCCUCAUCAGCUUCGGGUUUCGCAGCUCUCGUUUUUUCGCUAGCCGCGCUCUACCAACUCCCUGUAUCCCUAAAAGAUCUCUCCCUAAUUGCUAGGCAAGGCUCCGGCUCCGCCUGUCGUUCACUAUUCGGUGGGUAUGUUGCAUGGGAACAGGGCUCCGCAGCCAACGGCCUCGACUCUUACGCCGUUCAAGUCGCCCCCGAAUCGCACUGGCCUGAAAUCCACGCGCUGAUAUGUGUUGUCAAUGAUGCCAAAAAGGGAACAAGUUCAACAGCCGGUAUGCAAAGGACGGUAGAGACUUCUGCUUUGCUUCAACAUCGGAUCAAAGAAGUUGUUCCGCAGAGGAUGGAAAACAUCUCCAAGGCUAUUCAUGAGAAAGAUUUUGAUUCGUUUGCGAGGAUCACGAUGGCCGAUUCGAAUCAGUUCCAUGCUGUCGCAUUGGAUACCUCUCCACCCAUCUUUUACAUGAACGACGUGUCGAGGGCUAUUAUCGCCAUUGUCGAGGAAUACAACAGGGUUUCGAUGGCUGCUACGGGACAUUUGAGGGCGGCUUAUACAUUCGAUGCUGGACCCAAUGCGGUUAUUUACGCGCCAGAGAGCAGUAUCAAGGAGAUUGUUCAGCUGAUUUUAAGGUUCUUCCCGCAACAGUUCAAAGAUCCGUUUGGGUUGUUCCGUGAGGAGGAUAUGGCUGGGAAGGUACCUGAAGGAUUCAAUGAAGGUGUUUCGAGGGUUUGGGAGGUUGAUUCCGUCAAGGGACUCAUUCAUACGAAGGUUGGGGGUGGUCCGAGGGUAUUGGGUGAGGAGGAGGCUUUGUUGAAUCUCGAUGGGUUUCCAAACGAAAAGGUGACGAGGAAAUGGGACCUGUGA